AAGUGGUAACUCUGGUGCUGCCAUUAGACACUUUACAGAACCAUCUUCAACACUAUUUCGUUACUCUUAUCGACCUUUCUCUUCGACAAUGCCCAGCACCUCACCGGACUACUUAGGCUUUGCCUACGGCUUUCUGGUUGCAACGGGUGGCAUCAUGGGCUUCGUUAAAGCUUCGAGCGUCCCUUCCUUAGUUGCCGGGACGGUAUCAGGUGGCUUGAUCGCCCUAGGUGCUCAUCGAUACCAGCAAAAAGGAAAACCUGAUUUGAUCUUCGGUAUGAGUGUGAUGCUAACCCUGCUUAUGGGUAAAAGGUUUCUUGCUUCUAGGAAGAUGAUGCCUGCCGGUAUGACCACAACCUUAUCGCUAGUGAUGGCAGUCCGAUACGGAGUAAAGUUGUUGGGAAAAUGAGUCGAUUACAUGCAUUCCUUCAUGAGCCUCCAAUAACCAUUCCGAUACCAUUUGAAAGGGGUAUAAGCCGAUUAACUGUACUCUCAUGUCUGCUAACCAAUAUAUAGUGUUGUUUCACCAUUCUUGUGAAAAUAUAUCCGAACCACAUGAAAACGAGAUGAGGUGCAUAUGAACUCAAAGAGUUUUGCAACUCUAGGACUGAGCUAACCACGAAACCGGCAACCAGGUGUUGUUCUAGUUGUGUACCAUGUACUUUUAGGUUGCUUGUUAACUAGUGUGGCAUAGAACACUAUGAGUUUGUGUCAGUUCAUGACAAAUUAUCAGAGAAUGGAUCUGACUAUCAUCCACAUUACAGAAAGAGA